UCAGCUUUCCUUGCUAGUUGUAGCUAGCAACGUUUGCUAAUCCAGCUACAAUACGUCGAGACGACGUUUAAUUAUACGGAAAGCCAUUUCCGCUUAAACAAAGCAAGGAGAUUAUUGCGUUUGCAUAUGCGAUUUAAUCUAACCUACUUAAAUCAUGGAGGACCGUCCUGCUCAACCAACCUUACCAGCUAACGUCAAUGUUAGCUGCGCAACGGGAAGCUGGUAGCUAAGCUGCUUUUAGCCCACCAAAAUUAGCUGUGUGCUAGUUUUCCGUCGCCUUGAGUGCUUAAAUGAAUGGGGGCUGAUGCACGGAGUGAAGAAAACAGUCAACAGUGUUCGCUCGCUACUAGGCUCCUCCGUGUUGUGGUCCAGCAAGGCUGGUGCUACCAGAAGUGGAGGACGCAGAGGCUGGGGUUUAUUUGGGGAAGACUGACGAGCCGGCGUGAUUACGUUAGCUGAAGAACAUUACAGCUAACCUUAGAUAAGUUUGUUGGAAAUGCAUCAGCACGAACAAAUCAUGAAGAUAUUGCAGAAGCAAUGUUAGCUUGUUUAACAUAAUAUGGCAGCCAAUGUUGCGAGACGGAUUGUUUUUUUAAUGUUGGGUGUUGUGAAACUUCUUCUCUAAACCGUCUUCGGCCACGUCUUCAUCGCAGAGUUGAUUUUUCUGGUGCUUUGCUUUGAGAGAAGGAAUGGUGGCAUUUUUUGGACUGACCCUGGCCUCCGUCCCAGGUUAGGGGAAGAAUUAGUGGAGACUCCCCGGCCGGAUUUGGCCCUCUAUUUACGGAUAGAGGGGAAACAUGCAUCAAUAGCAGCUUCCUUGUUGCAUUUUUUGCCUUCACUUUUCAUACCACAUUAGGAUUCUCCCCUGUCACUGAGCUGAUUUUGUUAUUUGGGAGGAAGGAUCAUGAUGGACACUGAGGAAGUUCCCCAAGAUAAAAGAAACAGUUUUAGCUAACAUAAUUAUACUAAGGCUCAGCUCUGUGCAGUUUUGUUCCUGAUAUUCUUCUUUUAAAGACUGGCUGGCUGAAAGGACUCCGACAUGUCUGCGUUUGCCGAGUUCGUGCCCCCUCCUGAAUGCCCCGUGUUUGAGCCGAGUUGGGAGGAUUUCUCGGAUCCUUUAGGAUUUAUCAACAAGAUCCGACCCAUUGCAGAGAAAACGGGCAUCUGCAAGAUCCGACCCCCCCAGGACUGGCAGCCUCCGUUUGCCUGUGAUGUACGCAACUUCCGGUUUACUCCUCGAGUACAAAGAUUGAAUGAACUUGAGGCCCUCACUCGCAUAAAGCUUAACUUUCUGGAUCAAAUUGCAAAGUUCUGGGAGUUGCAGGGAUCCAAGGUUCAAUUCCCUCAUGUGGAGAGGAAGCUCUUGGACCUCUAUCAGCUCAGCAAGAUUGUGUCAUCAGAGGGUGGCUUUGAGACAGUGUGUAAAGAAAAGUUAUGGUCCAAGGUGGCCAGCCGAAUGGGCUACCCUCCUGGAAAAGGCACCGGUUCUCUUCUACGUUCUCACUAUGAGAGGAUCCUUUACCCCUAUGAGCUCUUCCAGACUGGAGCCACGCUAACUGGUCUUCAAAGGCUGUAUGAUGAGGGAAAUGAUGGGGAAGAGGUAGAUGAGGGAGUAGGUGAGGAAGCUGUAGAGGAAGAGGACCAUGAAGAGGAGGACGAGAAGGAGAAGGAUGGAGAAGGCGAUGCACUGCAAACCAAAGAGCAGCUUCACCCAGAGAGACGCUCCAGGCGCCUAAAGUCAGAGAGGGAAAACAAGGAGCCAAAAGCCCUCAAAAUCUUCGGAACAAGUCCCAAGAUGGUCGGCUUGGAAAUUGUAUCAGCUGAUGAUGGAUUCAACAAGAAGCAGCGCCACCUCAAAGCCCAGGCCUUCGCCAUCAAGAUGAGGCCACGGAAGGAGACCCUGGAGGUCAACUUUAUUGACCUCUAUCUCUGCCUUGUGUGUGGACGAGGGGACGAGGAGGACCGGCUCCUGCUGUGUGAUGGCUGUGACGACAGCUACCACACCUUUUGUCUGAUCCCACCUCUGCAGGAUGUACCCAAGGGAGACUGGCGAUGCCCUAAGUGUGUUGCUGAGGAAUGCAGUAAGCCUAGGGAGGCGUUUGGCUUCGAGCAAGCUGUGAGGGAGUACACUCUGCAGAGCUUCGGAGAAAUGGCUGACCACUUCAAGUCUGACUACUUCAACAUGCCUGUCCAUAUGGUCCCCACGGAGUUGGUGGAGAAGGAGUUCUGGCGUCUGGUCAGCAGCAUUGAGGAGGAUGUCAUUGUAGAGUAUGGAGCUGACAUCAGCUCCAAGGAGGUCGGCAGUGGAUUUCCCGUCAGGGACGGCAAGAGGAGGCUGCUGGGAGAUGAGGAGGAUUAUGCCAACUCAGGUUGGAACCUGAACAAUAUGCCGGUGCUGGAGCAGUCUGUGCUCACCCACAUCAAUGUGGACAUCUCAGGCAUGAAGGUACCCUGGCUCUAUGUGGGCAUGUGUUUCUCCUCCUUCUGCUGGCACAUUGAAGACCACUGGAGCUACUCCAUCAAUUUCCUGCACUGGGGUGAACCCAAAACUUGGUAUGGAGUCCCAGCCUCUGCAGCAGAAAAGUUAGAGGCUGUCAUGAAAAAGUUAGCUCCAGAGCUUUUUGACUCCCAGCCUGACCUCCUUCAUCAGCUGGUCACCAUCAUGAAUCCCAAUGUCCUCAUGGAGCAUGGCGUCCCUGUGUACCGGACCAAUCAGUGUGCUGGAGAGUUUGUGGUUACCUUCCCCAGGGCCUACCACAGUGGCUUCAACCAGGGCUACAACUUUGCAGAGGCUGUUAACUUCUGCACGGCGGAUUGGUUGCCAAUGGGUCGUCAGUGUGUUGCCCAUUAUCGACGGCUGCACCGUUACUGCGUUUUCUCCCACGAGGAGCUGCUGUGCAAGAUGGUAGCAGAUCCGGAGAGCCUUGAUGUUGAACUGGCUGCUGCUGUCUAUAAAGAAAUGCAAGAGAUGAUGGAGGAGGAAGCAAAACUCAGACAGGCUGUCCAGGAAAUGGGGGUGCUGUCGUCUGAGCUGGAGGUUUUUGAGCUAGUUCCAGACGAUGAGCGCCAGUGCCACAAAUGUAAGACGACCUGUUUCCUGUCUGCACUGACCUGUUCCUGCAGCCCCGAUCGGCUGGUUUGUCUUCACCAUGCGAAAGAUCUCUGUGACUGUCCUCUUGGCAGCAAGUGUCUUCGGUAUCGCUAUGAUCUGGAGGAGUUUCCCUCCAUGCUGUACGGCGUGAAGACUCGUGCUCAGUCUUACGAUACCUGGGCAAAGAGGGUCACAGAAGCCUUGGCUGCGGACCAGAAAAACAAGAAAGAUCUCAUUGAGCUCAAAGUUUUGCUCGAAGAUGCAGAGGACAGAAAGUAUCCUGAGAACACUUUGUUCCGUCGCCUGAGGGAGAUGGUAAAAGAGGCAGAGACGUGCUCCUCUGUAGCUCAACUGCUGCUCAGCCGCAAGCAGAGGCACAGCAGCCGCCUGCGUUCUGAGAGCAAUCGCAAUCGGACCAAACUGACUGUGGAUGAGCUGAAAGCCUUCGUAGACCAGCUGUACAGGCUACCCUGCAUCAUCAGCCAGGCGCGACAAGUCAAAGAGUUACUGGAGAAUGUGGAGGACUUCCAUGAGCGAGCCCAGGUGGCGCUGUCAGAUGAGAUGCCCGAUUCCUCCAAGCUGCAGGCACUUUUGGACCUGGGCAGCGGCCUGGACGUGGAGCUGCCAGAGCUGCCCAGACUCAAACAGGAGCUUCAGCAGGCCCGGUGGCUCGAUGAGGUCCGUGCCACCCUUGCCGAGCCCCACCGCUUCACUUUGGAGCUCAUGAAGAGGCUGAUUGACUCUGGUGUGGGUUUGGCGCCGCACCAUGCCGUGGAGAAGGCCAUGGCUGAACUCCAAGAAAUUCUCACUGUCUCAGAGAGAUGGGAGGAUAAGGCUCGUGCUUGCCUGCAGGCCAGGCCUCGUCACAGCAUGGCGACGCUCGAGAGCAUUGUGUUGGAAGCUCGGAAUAUCCCAGCAUACCUGCCAAAUAUUUUGGCCCUCCGAGAGGCCCUGCAAAAGGCCAAGGAGUGGACUUCCAAGGUGGAGGCCAUCCAAAAUGGCAGCAGCUAUGCUUACCUGGAUCAGCUGGAGAGUCUGCUGGCCAGGGGUCGCUCUAUCCCUGUGCGGCUUGAUCCGCUGGCCCAGGUGGAGUCUCAGGUGGCUGCAGCCCGAGCCUGGAGGGAGAGGACAGCUCGCACGUUCCUCAAGAAGAACUCCACAUAUACACUGCUCCAGGUCCUCAGUCCUCGUGUGGACAUCGGAGUAUACGGCAACAGCAAGAGCAAGCGAAAGCGUGUUAAGGAGCUCAUGGAGAAGGAGAGGGGCGGCUUUGACCCCGACACCCUGAGCGAUCUGGAGGAGAACCUCGAGGAGGUGCGGGAGCCUUCUGCUGUUGUAGCAGCCUUCAAAGCCAAAGAACAGAAAGAAGUGGAGGCCAUUCACUCACUCCGUGCUGCCAAUUUAGCCAAGAUGGCCAUGGCAGACCGCAUCGAGGAGGUCAAGUUCUGUUUGUGUCGAAAGACUGCCAGCGGCUUCAUGUUGCAGUGCGAGCUUUGUAAAGACUGGUUCCAUGGAGCGUGUGUCCCUCUGCCUAAGACGGGAUCUCAGAAGAAGCUCGGUGUGAGUUGGCAGAGCAAUAGUAAAGACUCCAAAUUCCUGUGUCCGCUGUGCCAGCGGUCACGGAGGCCGAGAUUAGAGACCAUUCUGUCGUUGUUGGUUUCACUGCAGAAGCUGCCAGUGCGUCUGCCGGAAGGAGAAGCACUGCAGUGUUUGACAGAGAGGGCAAUGAGCUGGCAGGAUCGAGCACGCCAAGCUCUGGCCACAGAGGAACUGUCCUCAGCCCUGGCAAAACUGUCUGUACUGAGCCAGCGCAUGGUUGAGCAGGCUGCGAGGGAGAAAACAGAGAAGAUCAUCAACGCUGAGCUCCAGAAAGCUGCUGCCAAUCCUGAUUUGCAGGGUCACAUCCAAACUUUCCAGCAGUCUGGUUUCAGCAGAGCCACGUCACCACGCCCGUCUGUGGACUAUGACGACGAGGAGACGGAUUCAGAUGAGGACAUCAGGGAGACGUAUGGAUAUGACAUGAAGGACCCGGGUGAGGUGAAGCCAUACCUCUUCUGUGAUGAGGAGAUUCCCGUGAAGUCAGAGGAAGUGGUCAGUCACAUGUGGCCGGCUGCCACGCCUUCCUUCUGUGUCGAACACGCCUACUCCUCAGCCUCCAAGUCUUGCGUUCAAAAUCUGGGCACACCCAGAAAGCAGCCCAGGAAGACCCCUCUGGUACCUCGGAGCCUCGAGCCACCAGUUCUCGAGCUGUCCCCACAGGCUAAAGCCCAGCUGGAGGACCUGAUGAUGCUUGGAGACCUGCUGGAGGUGUCCCUGGAUGAGACCCAGCACAUCUGGAGAAUCCUGCAGGCCACUCACCCUCCCUCUGAAGAAAGAUUUCUACAGGUCAUGGAGCCUGAUGACUCUCUGAUGGAAAAGCCUCUGAAGAUCAAGCUUAAAGAUUCAGAGAAGAAGCGGAAACGCAAGAUGGAAAGAGCCGAGCACCACCACAUACUGAUGGCUGCCGUCGCUGCUGGUGGAGCUUCGACGAUGGGAGACAUCCGACCGCCCAAGUCUAAAGACUUAAAGAGAGUGGGUCUGGAGCUCAGCCUCGGGGGUAAACCCAAAAAGAAGAAGCUCAAACUCAACUUGGAGAAGAAUCGGGAAAUGAAGCAGCUGGCCAAACGGUUAGCCAAGGAGGAGAAGGAGAGGAAGAGGAAGGAGAAGGCCGCCGCAAAGGCAGAGGCCAUCAGGGAGGGGAUGGAGAAGAGGAAGGAGAAGAAGAUUCUCGACAUUCCCUCGAAGUAUGAUUGGUCGGGCGCUGAGGACUCCAAUGAUGAGAAUGCAGUGUGUGCAGCCAAAAACUGCCAGAGACCCUGUAAAGAUAAGGUUGACUGGGUUCAGUGUGACGGCGGCUGCGACGAGUGGUUCCAUCAGGUCUGCGUGGGCGUGUCGUGUGAAAUGGCCGAGAACGAGGACUACAUCUGCGUGGACUGCUCCCUGAAGGCCGCCGGCGGGGGGAUGACCGUCGAGGAGGUGUCGGAGGAGAGCGUUGUAGUGCUGACGACAUCGAUGUGCAGCGGCAGUGUGCAGAGUGUGCCGUCGUCAUCGGUCAUUGCCUCGUGGUCGUCGGCUUCUCACUUACCUGGAACUUUGCAUCAGCAUCAACAGCAGGAUCCUCAGCAGGGCAGUUAGCACUUAAAAACACUGGGCCAAGGACCGAGUACCUCAGAAGAUGCUUAAGUAUCCAGUCUAGUUUUUCAACCUUGGAGAUAAAGAGCAACCUUUAUGAGUGAGCUUGUCAAGAGAAGUUAGCAAAGUUUCUGUAAUGUCGGGAUUAUGAAGCACAAGAAAAAUCUUCCUUGUUUGGCUUCUGUAGUGACACAUUCUCUCUCUGAGUGCUAAGAUUUGUGCACAGACUUUACAUGUGUCAGCCACAACAUUAAAACCACUGGCAAGUGAAGUAAAUGAUCUUGAUCAUCUUGUUACAGCUGGGAAGCCACUGGUAUUGGUAUACAUGAGGGCGAUACUUUUAUUAACACCCACCCAAACGUUGUUGCUGACCAAGCACAUCUCCCUUUGGCUAAGCGACUCCCAGAUGACAGCGGCCCUGUCAGAAACAGCUCGUCAUCGCACUUGAGGUGUUGAACUGGCUUCUUCAGAUUUCAGUUCAGAACAAGCCCGAUCUCUAGAGGUCAAACCCUGCAGUCCACAGGACUCAAAGCAUCUGCUGCCAACGUCCCAGUGCCCGCCACCAAAAGACACCCUCAGAGGUCCCAUGACCUCGCCCUGAAGGGUCACCUGUUCUGAUGUUGUAAAAUAUUAGGCAGGUGGAUUUAAUGUUGUGGUUCCUCUGUAUAAUCCCCCUACAACAGUUUUAGGUCUAGAAAAACCCGCCAUCUUCUUCUUGGUCCUCAGUUCAACAAUAACAAGGCAUUACUUACUAACCUGCAGUCAAGCACUCACUUGUACCGGCUGUUGUAUUCAGUGCAAGCAGAUAAACUUGUUCCCAGCACCAGGAUGUCAUUUUCCCUCUGUCCUGUACCAGGCCCUUGAGACAGUAACAUCUCAAUAUGUAGGUCUUGACUAGGAAAAACAAAUGGUUGUAUUGUAGUGGAAUUAUUUAUAAUGUACAUAGCUUUUAAGGCAGUUAAACCAAUGGAUUGUGGCUUUUUGUUUUCACACCUUUAAUAAAUUCUUCCUAGUCAAAUAAGUACAAAUUGCAA